AUGCCGCAAGAGUCGUCAGAGGAUGCCUACUUUGCUGGGCCGCCGAGGUUACGGAAAUCGAGUAUAUCGUCCAACGCCUCCAGCGCAGCAUCAGGCGCUGGCAGCUCCGCCAGCAAUGGCCGAAGACCAAGAUAUGAUCCCAACGACCCUCAGCGCCCUUCUGCUCCAGGCUAUGGCACACUCCCAGUCUCGCCCACGACCGGCAGACUUGCUGAUCGAAGAGGUGCUGCCCUGAAGAACAUCAUCCCUCCUGAUUCGCCGGGAGGACCGGAGCCGCCACACAAGAGCGAUGACGACGAAGGCUUGUUUGCUGUAAUGCCGACAAGGGAGAGAAAGCAGAGUGUGGCAGCGCCUUCAGACGACUCCUUUCAGCAAUUCUAUCCGCCUCCACUUGGAGCGCUACCUCCUAUCGCUCCACCACAGGCAAAGCUGCACAUUCCCGAUCCAGAAGGAUUGAAUCGACUUAGCAGUACCGCCUCUACACACACCACACGAGCUUCACGAGGCUCACCACCUCCACCGGAGACGCCGAUUGUCGGCGAGCAGCUUUCUUCACUUCCGCAGCUGCCAACGCUGGGUGGCAUCGAAGCACGAUAUGCCGCUUCUGGAAUCUCCGGGACAGGUACUCUUAAUGAAAUGCAGGCGCCCAGCGCGGCCGCAGCUGCGCGACGCGCUCAAUACAUUGCUCCGCAGCCUCGUCGUGGUGAACUGAGCGUGCAACCACCGCGGCUGCAGACGCUGCAGGCCCCAUCGCAGCCUAUUGCCGAAGGCAGAGGCUGGAGUCCGACAGAAGCUCCGGGGUCGGCCCCACAUGGGCCUCCCAUUGCUUUCCAAGGCAACGAGGAAGUCGACUCGGCCGCUCCUGCCGCGCCUGCACAGCAACAGCCCAGUUAUCCUCGGCCGCCACAGCCGUCGCAAAGCCCAAAUCUCGAAGCUGAUAUGGCACGAGUCAACCUCCACGAUGAGCCACCACCGGCGUAUUCUCCUCCUACUGCAGGCUCGACGCAUUCACAGUACCCAAACGAGAAGGGCAGGUUUGCCAAUUCGUCGAGCCCUGCGCAAUCUGCUGCCUCGGUAGGAUCGCAAGGUCGGCUCCCAAGCGAAGCGGGUCUUCGCCAACAUCCAGCCUUUGCAAACGACCCUCAUCAGCCUACAUCGACACAGACUCCCCAGCCGGGGCCUGUUAAGCAGGGUGGAGUCAGUGGAGCCACGGUCGGCUUAGCACCUCUCAACACUGGCGGGUUCAGCAGCCAGACACCUCAGCCAGUUACGGCCGGGCCGAGUGUCAGUAUUGCGAGCCCGCCACCGCUUCCGGAGGGUUGGAUUGCCCAUCUUGAUAGCAAUUCGGGACUUUACUAUUACAUUCAUCUGGCGACCCAGUCGACCCAAUGGGAAUUCCCCAAGGGACCGACUCCCCUCGAUCUGCCUCCCACUAGCCCGAUUGGAAACUUCGUGAAUCCGCUUGCAAGUCCAGUCGGAUCGACAUUCAAGAUGCCGCUGAACUCGCCUGGAUUCCCUAUGCACCAGAUGGCAAGCUAUGACAAGAUGAGCAUGAUGUCGAUGAACUCAAUCGCCAGCCCCACUACGACGGGUGGCUUCUCCGGGCCUCCUCCCACUGCCGGCAUUGAUCUGUACAAGAUAAAUCCCUCGAAUGCCGUCUAUUUUGGACCCUACUUACGCUAUACAAAUAUGGAUCUUGAACGUGGUCUCUGGUUGGGAAGCAUUAUGCUCAUCACAGAAGUCAAUACACAACCGCCUACAAUCCACAUCCAUCAAUCGCUGGAUUUGAGUCCGAAUCCUCGGCAGCUCAAGGCCCACCCAAUCCACUCACAUCAACGCUGGAUCUUCUAUCGCUAUGAUAUUGAUCUAAUUAUGGAGGAACAAGGCUCAGCUAAGUGGACCUACGCUAUCACAUCGCACCUCGGUUGCACACGGUAUGAGUUCCUCGUUGCUGGCCGACACGAGACCAGCUGGAGAUUCGUUGCCCACUCUGGCAAUGAUUUUGCCCCCAAUGUCAACGCCAAUGAACGCAAUAGGCAGGGUGGAGUGGCGCACAUGUGGAAGGAUGUUCUUGUGAAGCACCAGGAAUGUGGAGGCUUUCAUACUCAGGUCGGCCUUGGUGGCCAAAUCUGCGCAGACCGACUUUGGAAGGAUGUGCCAGCAUUGAAGCAGUGGACGGAAAUUAGUGGCAAAGAGAACCGACGAACUGUGCCAUGGACAGCCAAGAUGGACGAGGAUGUGACACACGCCUACUUCCACUACUACACCUCGCAUUUUGACCAGCCAGCUGUCAAGGAGGCAUUUGCUCAGAUUCCUCAUGUAAGCUGCUUGGACGACCACGACAUCUUUGACGGCUACGGCUCGUAUCCUCAGCCAAUGCAAGAGAGCAAUGUCUUUAAGGGCAUUGGGCGGAUUGGAAUCGACAUGUUCCUGCUGUUCCAGCACCACACAACGCAUGAGAUCCUGCGGAAUGUAUCCACCGACAUAGACCUUUUCACCAUCACGGGCCGCGGAUGGCAUUUCUUGAAGUAUUUUGGCCCGGCGGUGGUGCUAUGUGGACCAGAUACCCGAAGCGAACGUUCGCAGGCGCAGGUGAUGGCUGGACCCACGUACCAAGGCCUAUUCCCUAAGAUUGCGAUGCUUCCACCAUCGGUGCAACAUUGCAUAUGGCUGAUGCCAGUCCCAAUCGUUUAUCCACGUCUCGAAUCGGUUGAACAGGUGGCGCACACCGUGGCUACCGGCAAGAAGAUGGUCACAGGCGGAUUCAACAUGCUUGGUAAAGUCGCUGGAGGUGUAGCGGGUGUUGUUGGUGCCAAGGGAGUGGUCAACCAGGGAUUUGACGGAGUCAAAAAGGCCAUCGGAAAGUCCGGCCUCAUGCAGGGCGUUCUGAGUCCAUUUGGUGAGAUUGACAUGUUGGACGAGCUUCGAGAUCAAUGGACGCAUGAGUCAAAGGAUCUCGAGCGGACCUACAUCAUUCGCACCCUGCAGGGCAUCUCUCACACCAAAUCGCUCCGCAUGACCUUCCUCAGUGGCAGUGUCAAUGCAUGCGGCGCUGGUCUCGUACACGACCCAUCAAAACCUUCGGAUCACAAGACCAUGUACCAGCUCAUCACAUCAGCCAUCGUGAACGCUCCAAGCCCGAACUAUGUGAUGAAACUGCUGCACAACAACAAACAGCUAUAUGUGCCAAUGAAUGGGCAUCGCAGCACCAACAAUGCCCAGUCUGACACAAAGGAGGACAUGAUGGAGAUCUUCGCUGCCGAUGUCACCGGCCAACCGCGUGAGCUGCGUCGUCUCAUGAACCGUCGCAACUACCUCGCUUGCGUCAUCUACGACCCAGAGGCCGUCCAGGGCGCAUUUGGGGUUCCUCAGACCCCUGGUGCUCCGCCUACAGGCAAGUUGAGUUUGGCAGCGGAUUUCAUGGUGCAGAGUGAAGGCGGUUUUGGACAGCCACUGAAGUAUGGGCCGGUCAUCAUUCCCAGCUUGGAAUACGGUCGAUAA